UUCAAAACAAAUAAUCCGCGAAACCAAGUGCGGCGCACGUACUAAACUAUAGUUACAUAAACAGUAAAUACGGCGGUUCGGCACGAUUAUACUGGCACGUAAAUUUCCAGAAAAACGUAUUUUACAAAACAUGUACUACCACGAAGAACCCGAAACGAAUGACUAGAUUGUGUAUAGUUUGUGACUUAAGUAACAUCAUGUCUGGACAUAAAGUACAACGUUUAUUUGAUCUUUCUUGUAAAGCGAAGUUUGUGAGAAGUUUAUGCUUACCUAGUACACAUGUCAGGUACAUUUAUAAUGGGACUGGGAAAGCCAUGAUGCAGCAGCAAACCCAACAACAGUUUGAACGGCAGCCGAAACCAAAGACCGGCAUUAUGUUAUUCAAUAUGGGUGGGCCUGAGAAUACGGAUGAAGUACACGAUUUCCUGCUACGUCUUUUUACUGAUCGAGACAUUAUCAGACUCCCAGCUCAAAGCACUUUAGCUCCGUGGAUUGCCAAGAGAAGAACUCCGAAAAUUCAGGAACAGUAUAGUAAGAUUGGAGGUGGAUCUCCUAUAAAGAAAUGGACGAAUAUCCCAGGCAAAAGACUGGUUCAAAUAUUGGAUGAAAUCUGCCCCAAUUCAGCACCACACAAGUACUACAUAGGUUUUCGUUAUGUGAAACCAUUGACUGAAGAUACAGUCGACGAAAUGGAAAGAGAUGGCAUUAAAAGAGCAGUAGCAUUUAGCCAGUACCCACAGUACAGCUGCUCAACAGCUGGUAGUAGCCUUAAUGCAAUGUUCCGUCAUUAUAAUAAGAGAGCAAAUGCCGGACAUGAGAACAACAUCCAAUGGAGUAUCAUUGACCGUUGGGCAACACACCCCGGUCUUAUUCAAGCAUUUGCUGAACUCAUACAAGCAAAACUAAAGACAUUCCCAAAAGAGGUACAAGAUGAUGUUGUACUCCUGUUCUCGGCACACUCUCUUCCAAUGAUGGCAGUGAAUCGUGGAGAUCCAUACCCACAAGAGGUGGCUGCGACUGUUCAGCGUGUGAUGGAACAACUGAACUUUUCUCAUCAGUACCGCCUUGUCUGGCAGUCAAAGGUUGGCCCUGCAGCGUGGCUUGGACCUCAGACAGACGAGGCUAUUAAAGGAUUGUGUAAAAAUGGUCGCAGGAAUAUGAUGCUCAUUCCAAUUGCAUUCGUCAACGAUCAUAUUGAGACCUUAUACGAACUGGAUCUAGAGUAUGCCACGGAACUUGCUGAAGAAUGUGGUGUUGAAAACAUCCGACGUGCAGAUAGUCUUAAUGAUAAUGAGACUUUUAUCCAAGCAAUGGCUGAUGUUGUCAAGAGUCAUUUAGAAUCAGGAGAGAUUAGCUCAAGGCAGCUUUCAUUACGUUGUCCAAUGUGUGACAAUGCAGUGUGUGGAGAAACCAAACAAUUUUUUGAAAAUCAAAGUGUUUAAAAUUUUAAUAUAAUUAGCACUUAAUUACUGUAUUCCAAAUUUAUUUUUACAUAUAAGAUACCUCAGUUGUUCUGUCAGUACUACACCUUGUUUUUAUCUUUUAAAAAGUAAUCAACAUCUUAUGAAUUAGAUUUAAAAUAAUAUAAAGUAUACAACCUUUAUAAAUAUUUUGUUUAUGAUGCACUUUAUAAUAUCUUUGUUUUAGUAAAUUUUUAUAUGCAAAUCAUUUGCUAAAAUUUGCAUUUAAGUGACAUCUGCUGAAACAUACCUGUAAAAAAUGAGAUGUAUAAUUUAUAUAUGUGUAUUAAAAAUACCUGUACCUGUUUAUUUAGCUGGUAGUAGUAUACCUACUCUAUUCGUUUACAAAGCAUUUUUGUGAUAAUUAGUGAGGGCGCACUCUGACUCUAACCUUAAGUAUAGACUAAUUAGAGUUUUAGCUGGUAAAAUAUGCACUUUGUUAAAAAUAUAUAUACUCUAUAUUAAAAAAA